AUGCAUGUCACAUGUGCCUUGGCAGCAAAAACACAUGCAAACAAGAAGGCAUGGAAUAUCCUUGCCACUGAAGCUGCCAGCACCUCUUCUCUCAAGGAGAAAGGCAUGUUUACAAAUGUAUCCCAUGCGAUGAGCAUCAAUGCCACAAUCAAUGUGGUAGCAGAGGCAUUAGGUGUUGAGGUGGAGGGAGAUGCUAGCCAAUACAGUAUUUGCUGGAUGGUAACUGAAGGUGGUAUUGCAGCAGAGACACAGCUAGUUGACAAGAUCACUUGUGCAAGAGGCAUUCUGCAUGAAGUCAACCACACUAGUGAGACUCAGUUGCAAGGGUGGAAACAUCAAGCUACUGAAAUGUACUCCACCUACAAUGAUGUCAUGGGGGGUCACAAUGCUGCAGACAUUCAGGAUUUUGCCCCAAAAGUCAAAGGAAUGUUGACAGACCAUGCUGAAGACCAGAAGAAGCUUGUUCAUCUGUUUGCAGAGUGGAAACAAGAAUGCGACUAUCAGCAAUGGGAUUUGCUUUCUCCAGAUGAGUGGCAGCUCCAUUCUAACAAAGCCAUCCAUCAACUGCACAUGACCUUUGGAGAGAAGGAGUUUGCAUCCCUCUCAAGUGCCAAAAAGGAGGCCAUGGAUCUUUUCAUGUGGGCAGGCUAUUGCAUGCAUAAGGAGCUAAAUGUGGCUAAAGGGGGGAAUACAAGGAUGCAAGCAUGGUGGGAACAGAACAGUGUUGAUGGCCCUGUCCUAUUGAUGAAUAAGGACAAUGUGGCUGCAGCAUCAGUGGGUUCCUCAGUAGCCAAAGAUCAGGCUGUUCAGGUGUCAACAGGAGGUGGGCAGAAGACUUUGGAUCUUGUGGGCAGUGUAUUUUGUCACAAGGAUGACAAAAAGGGCCAACACGACUCCCUUCAAUAUUAUCUCAAGACAGAGUUAGGCCAUGGUGAUGCCACAUUUCCUGGAGAUCAUACUGUUCAAAAAAGAAAGCCAGACACACACGAACAUGGAGCAGAAUGUCUUCUGAGGCUUCUCAUGUCUCAGGACAGAGGAGGAAAUUACAUGCUGGGCAUCAUAUAA